AGAGAGAGAGAGAGAGAGGGGGAGAGAGAGAGCAAUUCAUCCAGGGAGACCGAAUAAGCAACUUUGUUACCAGGCAUAGCUUUGUCCUCCCGGGCACAGCGCGCAAUGAAAAGAGAAAGGCAUUUGGCAGUUAUGGUUGAUCAGCAUUUCUUUGUAUCCUCUUUGGUGCAUUAGUGAGGCAAACGUGUUCAUAAUAAACAGGCGUCGUAGAACAUUAGUAAGUCAUACAAUGGAGCAUACGUUGUCAUUCCUAACAAGGAACGUUCAUAUUUACCAGUGAGUGAGGUUACUUCGGCAACACGACAGUGUGAGUUUAACCAUCAACACAGGAAUAAUGCAUCACUGGAUUGUAAUCCUAUUGUUGGUGACUACAUCAGUGGGCAUCGUUGAGAUGUUUGACAAUUAUGGAGAGAUAUGUCGAAGACUGUGUGCCUGUGAGGAGAAAGAGGGGAUAGUGACUGUGGGCUGUGAAAGUAGAGGAAUAGUGGAUCUCUCUGAAGUUAGCCCUGUGUACUUUACAACAUAUCAUUUAUUGCUCACAGGGAACCUUUUGAAAAGGCUCUCCACCAAUGACUUUGUUGAAUACAAUGGGCUUACAAUAUUGCAUCUGGGCAACAAUGACAUAUCCACUGUUGAAUCAGGAGCUUUUAAUGGACUUCAGGGAUUAAAAAGAUUACAUCUCAACAAUAACAAAAUCGAUGCCUUGACGGAAGAUCUUUUCAUCGGCCUUGAAAGUCUGGAAUAUCUUCAGCUAGACUACAAUUCCAUCGCCCAUGUCGAGCCAAAAGCCUUCAGCAAACUGCAUCGUCUGGAGGUCCUGAUUUUAAACGACAACAUCAUUUCUACUCUUCCCACGGACAUUUUCCAACAUGUCCCUUUGACUCACCUUGACCUGAGGGGGAAUCAACUGAAACUGUUCCCUUAUUCGGGUCUUUUGGAACACAUGGACAACAUUAUGGAAUUACAACUAGAGGAGAACCCAUGGAACUGCUCUUGUGAGCUGAUUGCACUGAAGGCCUGGCUCGAGAGCAUAUCCUACACCGCUUUAGUGGGUGAUGUGGUCUGUGAAUUUCCAUUCCGGCUUCAUGGGAGAGAUCUUGAUGAAGUCUCUAAACAGGAACUGUGCCCCAGGAGAGCUAUUGCAGAGUAUGAGAUGCGUCCCCGGGCACAUCAGACCACUGAUGCAUACUUUAGGACCACACCAGCCUCAGUCACAGCCCCUUUCACAUCCCGGUCAAGGCCCACCAAGGGACCUCGCCAGUCAGGCAAGUUAAAGUCAAAACCCACAUCUCGCAUCCCCUCAAAUAAACCACAAAACUAUGGUCAAAUAGUUUCAUAUCAAACCAAAUCCCCAAUGCCUUUGGACUGUCCUACUGCCUGUACUUGCAAUCUCCAAAUUUCAGACCUCGGUCUGAAUGUUAACUGCCAAGAGAGAAAGAUUGAGCGCAUCUCUGACUUAAAUCCCAAACCCUACAAUCCCAAAAAGAUGUAUCUCACAGGGAAUUUUAUCCCUGUGGUGCGAAGAUCAGAUUUCGUUGAAUUGAUUGGGUUAGAUUUGCUUCACCUUGGCAACAAUCGGAUCGCUCACAUCCAUGACAGAGCCUUUGGGGAUUUAACACACUUACGCAGGCUGUACUUGAAUGGGAAUUUGAUAGACCGUCUCACAGUCGAUAUGUUCUUUGGAUUAGAGAGUCUGCAGUUCCUAUAUUUAGAAUACAACGUCAUUAGAGAUAUUGUUUCAGACACCUUUCAGCAUGUCUCCAACCUUCAGCUGCUCUUCCUGAAUAAUAACCUCUUGAAGACCUUACCCCGGGGAAUCUUUAAUGGGUUGACAUUGGCCAGACUAAAUCUUCGUAAUAAUCACCUCCGCAGUCUGCCUGUCAGUGGCGUGUUGGGUCAACUGACAUCGCUGGUGCAGGUAGACUUGUUUGAGAACCCCUGGGAUUGCGGCUGCUCCGUCGUGAAGAUGAAGAUGUGGCUGGAACAGCUCAGCAGCGGCACGGUUGUGGACAAUGUCAUCUGUGGCUCCCCUAAAAGACUGUUCGGGGAGGAUAUGCGAUACAUUAAGACAACUCAUUUCUGCCUUAAUAACUCUGAUAUCCUUGCGUCCAUGAUCCCACCUUCGGAAGAAUCUGUUCCCGGGAGCACCAUCACCAUAGAAACAUCAUUAGAUUACGACACACAGAUCAACAGUGUUCCUCUGUCUGUUACGAUCCUUGCCCUACUCCUGAUGUUCAUCGUUUCGGUGUUUGUCGCUGCAGGACUGUUUGCGGCUGUGAAGAAGAGACGUCAAAAGACACUAAAUGAGCAGAAUAACUCCAUGAACGCGUGCAUUAGUUCACUGAACAUGGAGUACGGUCUUUACAAAAAGGGAUCCAUUCCAAAAGUCAGGACGUCUGCAGGGCAUGUGUUUGAGUACAUUUCCUCUCCCACUGAACAAACGUGCAAAAACACAGUCUAUAGCCCCACAGUGUAUAGGCCAAUGGAGAACAAAUCAGUGGAUGGGUACAGAGACUUUGAUCAGUUGAAUGUGGCGUUUCUGAAUAAUCACUCAGAAGAAGAGGGGGGUAGUAACGCAAUAACCGCUGAGUACAGUGUUAGUACUCCACUUAACCAACACUCCCCUUUACAAGACGAUGUCCUAGACCCAGACAAGCCGUCAUCUUACAGCAAUACUUUACCAUGCAGGCAUACUGCCCAUUCAUCAAAUCAGUAUAACUCAGACUUCAAUGUCAGACAUCAAUACAUGCACCCAGAAAGAAUACAGCAGACCGUAUUGUAUUGCACAGCACCGAGUGCUGUUUAUGUUGAACCUAACAUAAGUGAGUACUGGGAACUGAAAGCCAAGCUUCAUAGUGAUCCCGACUACCUUGAAGUUCUUGAGAAACGUACCACGUACACCCAGUUUUGAAUGACUUGAUUUUCUUCCUUGACUGGUUGAGUAAUUGCUUGUUGCAUUGGGGCAAGCUGUGCUCAUGUUGGAAAAAUGUGUGGAUUUUAGCAGGGCUGCUUUCUAUCUAUUGAAACUAUACAGACAUGCAGAGGCUUCCCUUAACAGCGUAAAGCAAUAGGCAUUCUCUUAGCUUGUUUAUUCUUGGUCAAUUACAGUCUUGCUUUGAGAAACUUUUUUUUUUAAAGUUAUCCAAUCUCUGUGCCAACAACUAUGUAAAUAUGCAGUUUAUGUAUGCUUGUUGCAAUUUUAAAAAAUUAGAGGCUCAACUUCUGUAUGCACCAUCAUCAGCUACAUGGCUAAACAAUGUUUUUAAAAGAUAAAUGCAUAACCGAUACUUCAUAAGAGAUAUUUGGGCUGGUACAGUUUAUAAUUUUCAAUAAGUGUCUAUUUUUAUACAAGUAUUUGGAGAUGUAAUUCUUCUGUUUUUGUUUUUAUGACUGAUUGACAGGAACAGGUCAACAACGAAUAUGAUGUCACUUUCUUAUAUAUAUAUAUAUAUAUAUAUAUAUAUUGCAUAGACUAUGUAAAUAACCAUGGCCGUAUAGCUAUAUGUAAAAUUAUUGCAUAUAUAUAACUACUGCAUUGUGAAAAAGUUUGGCAUUAUACCUGCAUAUAGCCACUUCUUUUUCCAGUUUGGAGACAAUCCUCAAUUUCCCAAUUUUUUUUAAAUCUUUAGAGAUAUGAAAUAAGUAUUCACAGUAGGGGAGAGUGGGGUAAGUUAAGCCAUUUUUUUACAUUCAGCAUCACUCCAUCAAGGAAUAUAUAAUAUUAUUUCUAACAAAGAUACCAAUAUAUAUUUCAGGAUGUUGUGUAUCCCUGGAAAUAAUCAAAAUUAAUGUAAACAUUACAGUUUUGAAAGCAUAGCUUGUCCAAAAAAAGUGGUCUCUUUUAGCAAAACUUACUCCGACUAUGGAGUAAGUUGAGCCAUGGGACAGGAUAAAUUAAGCCACCUACUGAAUUAAAUAUUGCCACCACCUUUUUAAA